CCUGUCCUUACAUUAGGCCAUGCUGAUGCUCAUUGUCCAAACUGAGUCAUCAGACCAUGUUAAAGCGUCUUGCGCAGCCUAAACGCUUUCACAAGAUCUUUUACCGGAACAGACAAUGUGAGAAAGGAGCCGACAUCGGGAAAUGUGUUACUGUCACGCGAAUAACUCCUCUCAACGAGUGAGUACGCAUUUAGCUGAUGAAGCUGAUCAAGAUGAACGCUUCUGACAACGAAGCAAACAAGACGAAAUAGCAUUGUCCUUUUGCGUGUCUGAAAGGAGUGGCACGGAAAAGGGGCAGUCGUAAGCGCGUCUCGAACAUGCCUCUCAGAGCAUUCACCUGCGCAACAGCAAAUAAGCUGUCGGGUCGGCACAGGGGGUACUACCCCGACAUAACAUCAAAUGAUUGUUUUAUACAAAUAUUACGUGAUUGCCGAUUGGACUCUUAUGCUUCGUUUUAUGACUAUGUCAAUAUAUAAAACAAAAUAGUUGUGUUAGCUGGAACGAAGACUGACAAGACGUACAGACUUUCACAGGCACCAGCAUCCUUGGCGACAGCAGCUCCAGAUGUCGUCAAGGCCAGCGGCACUGGCACCGGACGGGCACUGGCACCGGGAGGACGGAUGGACCCGGCCGGGGUGACCCAGGCCUGCCGACCUCUGCCUUCUGGCCGGAUGUGUUAAUAAGUCAGCUCUGCCGUCGCCCGGGCCGGACCAAUGGCGACCCGUCGGCCAUCACCGUAACGACCUGCCGGCGACGUUCGCUCUCCGGCCGCAGCCGCCGCCGCGGCGCGCUCACAAGGCGGUGGUGGUCCGGCGGCGCCAUGGGGCUCCGGCGCGAGCUGGUGUUGCUGCUGCUGGUGACGGCCGUCCUGCUGCCGCAGCCGCCCCGCGCCGACGCCAGCCUGCCCAAGUACUGGUUCAAACUGAAGCGGAGACUGCGUAACCACGUGUACAACAACCACCCGAUCGGUGGACGGUACCGCAACACCGAGACGAAACACUACUACGAGAACGAGGACAAGGCGCACAUAGUGAAGGCGUCGCACUUUGAGUCGGUAUACGAGCUGGGCCACAAGAUCUCCUUUAUCUGCGUGGCCAGAGGCAGUCCUCGCCCAACCAUCACCUGGCGUAAGGACGGACAGGAGAUACCCACUCACAAGUUCCUCAAGCUCUGGGAGUGGAAGCUCACCGGUGACCGUCUCAAGUCCAAGCUGGAGAUCGACCCCGCCUCACAAAUGGACAAGGGCAUCUACCAAUGUAUGGCGGACAACCAAUACGCGAUCGACGUGCGGGCGUUUCGGACCUCGUACGGGGACAGCUAACGGGGAGGCCUUAUAACACUAUUUUCAGUGUUCGCUGGCCACAAAUUUUGAUAUCUUCCUUGUUUCUUCGAUGCUAGAGACUACAAUUGUCGAAAUUAACUGGUUCACAUACAUUUUUCAAUAGCAUCACUCGAGUAUGACAUUCUAUUGUGUCAUUCAAUUUUAAUCUGGAGCGUAAUGCUCUACGAGAGAAGAAUUUCGAAGCUGUCAAACUUUGUGUCCUCUAAUGUCGAGCUAAGAUGUCGUUUUAUUCACUAUGCAGAUGCAUAGACUGAGAUGUAAUGAUAUCCAAUGGAUGAGAUCCAGAAUAAUAAACAUACUUU